AGCUGUAGACUCAUUGGAUAUCUCUCGCGUGUCGCGUGUCGCGCUGGUGUGCCGGGGGUAUUAGGAUCCCCUUUAAACAACACUGGACGCUGCGCGCCGGGAGAGAAAUCCCUACCGUAUCCCUGUCGAUUCCGUUUCCCCGCGCAUCACCUAUUACGAAUCACGAGCGGCCGGAGCGGCGCGUGCUGACUUGCGCAUGAUGUCAGUCUUUCUAGCGCACCGUUACGGGGUGAAGAGGUGAAUUGUCACUGCCACCGUCGCCGCUGCCGCCGUGCGAGAGCGAGCGCUCAUCGUCCGAUUGUCAAUUACGUUCCACUGAAUUAGCCGUCAAGCGCCGUCAAGCGCCGUCAAGCGCCGUUGGCUAAUACACUGUGCGUGCGCGAUACCGUAUACGCACUACGGACAGAAUUCCGCCGAUCGACGACGCGCUUCAGCGAGCUGUGACACGCGUAUUAUCGUGCGCGGCAUUGCGAUGAUCGAGUAAGCUCGGGCGAAGCGGUAUCUACGAGGAUUCUUUCAGAUAUUCCGCGGCGAUGCAUGCACGGAAGACUAUGGAAGACCUGUGAGAGCGGCAUCGCGGAAGCCGGGGGUACCCCGGAUAAGGGGUGGUCGACGCGCCAUACGAGAAGGGUGAGGGCGACGUGGACGUGGACGCAGGAAGCGCGUGUUAGGUGAGGUAGCAGUGGAAGGGGGCUUGGAUACUACUGGAUCGGCCCAUCGGGAAGAGUGAAAGGUGAGCGUUGGCGACGAUUCUCGCCGACGUGCACAUCCGCACGGCUGUUCGUCUCUCCACGGCGUCCAUCCGACCGCCAUGUUAUUCUGGAGCGGCGGUGUUACGUCGUUGGCGUCGCUGCUUUUGUGCCUCCUCGUGCUCGGCACAGCCGGCGUCGAUGAGUCCGGUAUAAAUAAGUUGGAAGUAGCAGCAGCAGAAUCCAAGACCGAGCGGACCGCGUCAUUGGAGAUUCGAUCAUCACAAGAUACCGAGGGUAUAGAGGCAGGCAGCACACCGACGUUAUUGUGCAAGCUUAACGUGCCGGGUCAAGUUUGGUGGAGCACCGACGGCAGGAAUCUCAGCACUAUCAAUGAGUUUGACUACAUCGGACGAUUUGACAUAAAGAAGGCCAGCAGAAACGACACGGGCGACUACAAAUGCUCCGCGCAGACUGUCGACGGCGAAUUCCUCGAAAAAAACAUUCAUAUCAGAGUGAUAGAACCCGGCAAGAUAACAUCCGGCGGGAAUGUAAGGGCGAAAGUGUCAGAAGCAGCCAACUUGACGUGCCACAUACACGGUUAUCCGUUAUCCCAAUUUACUUGGUUAAAAGGGAAUAAUUCGGAGAGCAGCGAGCAUUUGAAGAAUCUCACUGUCGUUGCACAAAUAAACGAGACUUACGCCGUUUUAGUCCUGGAAUUCAAAAGUUUAGCGCGAAAGGACAAUGGCACGUAUGUGUGUCAGGCGAACGACUACAACGGGAUAGUGAGCGCCUUGACGCAUUUAUUUGUCACCGAUGUGCCAAAAGUCAGCAUAGAUUUUAUGAAGGCGGUUGGUGCAGGCAGCAUAUUCCUAAAUUGGACUGUCAGUGAUGGUAACGAGCCGAUUAAGAAGUAUUUCAUCCAGCAUAUGAAGAAAGGCACGGAUCAACGUCAGUACUAUGCCGAGCAGAUUGGUGGUGGUAAUUCGAGCUACGUUCUCAAGGGAUUUGAGAGCGACACUGCGUAUCAAAUCGGCAUCAGCGCUAUCAAUGCGCUGGGCACGUCACACAUGCAAUUAGAUCCACGAUGGAUCACCACGCUUGAGAAAGAUCCAGUGUUUGUGCCGAAAGUAUCCGUGAAUGGCGUGACAGAAAAUUCAAUCACAAUAGGUUGGACCGUGCCACCACCGGAUUUGAAGGAACAUGUGCACUAUUACAAUCUGAUGGCCACUCACGCUGAUCAGAAGAGAGAAGCAGUGUAUCCCGCUCAGCCGUUCAUCGUGUAUGCAUUUGUAGAUCUCGAUCCAGCGACCACGUACAAAUUCAAAAUAGCUGCUUGCAGUGAAUAUACGAAACAAUGCGGUAAUUGGAGUGCCGAAGUAAAUGGCACCACUUUGGAUGGAGUGGCUAGUCCUCCGAAGAAUCUCAUCGUUAUUUGUCGCUAUGACAAUAUAAGCAGUUUCAGUUUUAUGUCCAUCACUUGGAAACCCCCGGAGAAGCCAAAUGGCAUUAUACAGCGCUACAAUAUACAAUUGAACGGCGUAGCAAGAUUCAAGAAUGACAUGGGACGUUUGGACAUUCAAAGUUUCGAACCGCCCAGCUGGAGUGUCUAUAAUAGGAACAGCACGCAUUACAAUAAGAUACCUCCUAAUACAAAUUAUACGGUUCGGGUGCACGGAGUAACAAGAUCUCGCACUCCUGGCAAGGAUGCUAUAGGAAACUGUACGACGCCAGUUACGGUUCCAGGUCGCGAUAAUAUGAACAUGCGCAGCUGGCGGAAGAUUGAAAACCAGGGUAGGCAGUUGUUCAAACUCUAUCUACCGCGUAUCUCGGAACGGAACGGUCCAAUCUGCUGCUACCGCGUCUACCUAGUGAAAUUACCGCCGCAUAAAACAGUUGGUGAUUUACCAUCACCUGAAGAGAUCGUGGUAUAUUCUUAUCAGUAUGUGCAUAAUUCACCUACCGGUGGUGCAUAUAUUGCCGAGAUAUUCGACAGCGAUCAAUUAUUGACAGAGAUCUUUCUCGGUGACGGCGAGUCGUCUAACGGUGGUGCUAUGUGCGAUAAGUGCAUCGGUUUACGACCCAAACCAGUACCGCCAUUAUUACACUUUGUUCCGGAAAUCUCAUCAACUACCACUGUAACUUCAAGUAAUAUGAGCAGUAUCGUUACUAGCACUACGGCAAUUACAUCCAUGCUGACGACAACUGCAAGUAGCAGUGGUAGCAGCACAACUACUAAUCCAUCUACCACAUUAUCGAUGACCACUACCAGUACGAAAAUUGACACAACCAUGGCCGUACCUGUGAUUAUGAAUGCCACGGAAAAAGUGGAGAGACGAAAGAGAGAAGACGCGCCGCUGCAAAAGGCAUCUAUAGAUGAAUCUGGAGAAUUUAGUGUUUUAUCACCUUACGAUGGUUUUCUUGAUGAAACUUCGAAUUAUACUGGUUUUAUCGAAGUUAUUGUGUUCGAUAAUGAAAAGGAUCAGUUUUUACCGGCUUACAGCAGUUAUUUCAAUCCUCUUUACGGCGGAGUGGAUCCUCUCAGUGUAACGGCUGCGGAAGCGACUACUAUCAGAGAAAUGAUAUUACAACUCUUCAUCGCCCUAAUUUUAACUCUCACAAUUCUGUUUAUCGUACUCUGUGUAUUAUAUAGAUUUACGAAACGUGCGCAAGAGAGGGAAGAGGUUAUAACGCUGCGCAAUAGUUUCAGACAUCUCUGUAGGAGUUUGAGAGGCAGGCAUCAGCUCGUGGCAGCGAGUCCACCAGAUAUGCCCCCCAUACCUAAGAACGAAUUAUUGCAAGCGUACUUGGAACGCCAUAGGGACUCGGAUUAUGGUUUCCAGCACGAAUUUGAACUGCUACCUGAUCGAUUCACGGAUAGAACGACACGUGCAUCCGAAGCACAGGAGAAUCUAUAUAAGAAUCGUUAUCCGGACAUUAAGUGUUACGAUCAGACGAGAGUACGUUUGGCGCAGAUGGACGGUAUCUGCGGCUCUGAUUACAUCAAUGCCAACUUUGUAUUGGGCUAUAAGGAACGCAAGAAGUUUAUCUGCGCCCAGGGCCCGAUGGAGAACACUGUGUGCGACUACUGGCGCAUGAUCUGGGAGCAGCAUCUCGAGCUAAUUCUUAUGCUGACCAAUCUCGAAGAAUAUUCGAAGACCAAGUGCGCCAAGUAUUGGCCGGACAAACGCGAAACCAAAAACUUUGGUGACAUCACAGUGGAACACGUUAAAGAGCGUGCCUACUCGGACUAUGUAGUGCGCGAAUUGAAGAUGACGCGACUAGGCGAGCGCGACGCCCGCGCGAUCGUGCAGUAUCACUUCCUCGUGUGGAAAGACUUCGUUGCUCCCGAGCAUCCACAUGCGAUUUUACGCUUUAUUAAGCGCGUCAAUGAAGCGUAUUCGCUCGAAAAGGGGCCAAUCUUGGUGCACUGCAGCGCUGGUGUGGGCCGCACCGGCACGCUCGUGGCAUUGGAUUCUCUGCUGCAACAGUUGGCCGAGGAGGGCCAGGUAUCUAUCUUCAACACUGUGUGUGAUUUACGGCAUCAGCGCAACUUUCUUGUGCAAUCGCUUAAGCAAUACAUUUUCAUCUAUCGCGCGCUUAUGGAGAUGGCACAGUACGGCGACACAGAGAUUUCGGCACCACAACUCAAAACCACAAUCGUCAAAUUGAGACAGCGGGACAACGGAAAAGAGAAGUGUAGGAUGGAGGAAGAAUAUGAUAAAAUUAGUUCCAUAUUAGAAGAUCGGAAAUCCUUCUCUGUCGGAGGUGGAGACGAGAAUAAAUUAAAGAAUAGAAGCGAAUUGGUGAUACCAUAUGAUAGAAAUCGCGUGAUACUCACGCCAGUUCCAGGAAAGGAACAUUCAACAUAUAUAAACGCGUCGUUCAUCGAAGGCUACGAUAACUCCGAAUCGUUUGUCAUUACGCAAGAUCCCCUGGAGAUCACUAUAACGGAUUUCUGGCGAAUGAUUUCGGAACAAUGCAUCUCUACGAUAGUUAUGUUAUCUGACUUGAAUGAAGGCCCGCGGAAGUGCCCACGCUAUUGGCCUGACGAUGAAACCGAUUACGAUCAUAUAAGGGUUCGUUACAUCCAUAGUGAAAGUUGUCCAUAUUACACGCGUCGCGAAUUUUGCAUUUUGAACACAAAAACUGACGAGAGUGGAGUCGUAAAGCAGUAUCAAUAUCAUGGCUGGCCAACGGUGGAGGGUGAAGUACCUGAGGUGACGCGCGGUCUUAUUGAGUUGGUAGAUCAGACAUUGACGAACGAUACCGAGACGAGCGGCUCGCUGGUCGUGCACUGCAGUUACGGAUCAGAUCGGAGUUCAAUGUUCGUGGCUCUUAGCAUACUGGUCCAGCAAUUACGCACUGAGAAGCGCGUAGAUAUUUUCACAACGACGAAGAAAUUGCGUUCUCAGCGACACGGCAUGAUCAGCACCUUCGCGCAAUAUGAGUUUCUUCAUCGUGCCAUCGUGAAUUACUCGGAUCUUCACAAUUUAGCCGAUGAUGAAACGGCAGCAUAAUGUUUGAAAAGCAGCAAGAGCGAGACUAAAUUGUUCUAAAUAUUGUUUUGGCGGACAUGUGCGCGAAAAAGUUCCGUGACAAGUGUCCGGCGAUCCACGAACGUUCAAAUAAGCAUACAUUGCCUCAACCAAAGAUGAAUAAACGUCGAUAAAGAUCAUUAAUGUCAUCGUCAUCAUCACUAUUAUCAUCAUCGUGUAAACGGAAAGUGGAUCGCGAUGCACAAAGCGGAUCUAAAGACUACUUGUACAUAAUAUGUUCGCAAAUUUUACAUGUGCUGACUAUUAGUUAAGUGUGGAAGAAGAGCAUUGACUGGAGAUUAACUAAAAAUCGACUCAUCGUGGUAUUACUACGUGAAUUUCCGACAUCGUUGGUGAAAACCUUAAAGUGCAGUGCGUGAUAUUGUCACGAAACACCGUUACAGAAGCUUAUUUUUAUUGGUAACCUAACGAUUUAGCCAGAGCAUAUUGUCAUAGUGUGACAAAGUUUUAAUAUCGAAAUUCGACACAGACACGAAUGCUCUUGUCGGUAUCCUGCAUAUGGCUGUACAGCGAAGCUGAGACACACAGGAAGGAAUGGAUAUACUUGUAUAGGUAUGAUAAUUCAUUCUUCUGCCAAGUAUAUGAGAUAUGGUCUGUAACUUUGAACUACUUCGCUCUUGCGAAUCGCAAUUGAAGCUAAGUAACGAAGGAGACAUCAUGAUUAUUCGCACAAUUCAUGACCGAUCCCGAAAACUUCCGAGAUCCCGUUAAUGCAUAUUAUCCUGGCAUUUGCUACAGGAUGUUCUGUUUUGACUAAAAUAAAGAUGAGAUAAAAUUCGAUCAGCUUCAUUUGCGGGAAAACCUUCGGAAGGAAGCGUCUUCUGUAACAAUGCGCGACGUCGUUAUUUUACGAUCUGUCACAAUAAUAAUACUAACGAUUGUGUGCGUGUUGCGUAUCUAUAUGUUCUUCAACACACAAUGUAGAGUUAAAUUAUUAUGAUGUAUUACGCAUAUCACGCGUGCACUGAUUCCUCCUCUAAAAGAAAAAAGAGACUGAUAGUCUUAUUCAAUUCGAGAUACAUGCGAGCACUUCGUUUACACAAUAUUUAGAUUUCGCUGUGAAUUGUAAUAUUGCGGCUAUAGAGAGAUGAUCCUUCUUUUUUCUAUUUUUAUUUUUCAUAUUUGGGAGAAAGUUUGUAAUACAUGCGAUAUAUGUGAUGUGUUUUUUCCACGCGCGAUGACACGAAAAUUAUGUUCGUGAUUUAAAUUGAAUGGGCUGGGCAAAAUAUUCGAUUACGAUUUAGACAUCGCAAUCGGUAGUGUCUAGGUUCUAAGACAAGCGUAGCGACAUCAUAUAUCAAAUACAAAUGCGAUAAAUAUCGUAUUCUAAAUUCAAAAUAUCAUUAUGAAAAAUAUUUGAAAGAUAUAUUUCGGAAGGUAUACAGAUGUGAUUCAACAAUAGAAUAUGAUUAAGAAUACAAAAUACAGAGCGUGACUCUCGAUGUGCAGUCGCUAAUUAGCAUUCGAAAUACUGCCCAGUCUUGCGAGAAAGAUGGCAGAAAAAUUGAUGAGAUUAAUAAAAAGAAAGAAUGGAAAAAUGAGAGAAAGAGAGAGAAGGGGGAAGAAUGAUAUACGUUUAUUUCUCCACAAGUUUGUUAGUUCUAGUCAAGUUUCAAUACGUGCGCUAUCAAUAAUGCCAAUUUUUUGCAGAAGACAGAAGGCAAUCAACUUAUAGCAUUUUCCACUGGUAAAACUAGUGCAACACUAGUUUUACCAGUUGCAAUUGAAUGCAAAUUGGUUUUUAUAUUUUCAGUGUUAAUCAAUAAUUUAGUCCUUUUAAGUUUUUAUGAAGUUUUAUGAAGUUUUCGUGACAACAAUGUAAUUAAAAGGAUUAAAUUAUUUAUUAACGCUGAAAAUAUAUGAAUUGAUUUGCAUUCAAUUGCACUCAAUGUGUACCAGUGGCAAACGCUAUUAACUCUUAAGGUUAUUGAGGUAAAAAAUAGUGACACUUACUGAGGUUGGUCUGAGAUAUCGAUUAAAAAAAAACUGAAAUAACACAGGAGAUAAAUCUUAAGGAGAUAAAAGUUUUAUAAAUCUAUGUUCUAUAAAUCUAUGUUUUAUUAACCUGGAAGUGAUCGCGCUAUAAGUCAUUUCUUCCGUUUCUUCCGUUUUCUAUUUAUAUCUUUCAAUUUAUUGGCACUAUUAUAUUUUUACUUUUACAUAAAUGUUUGUUAAUGUUUUUCGUAUAGUAUGCGAAAAUAGAUGAUGUAAACACGCUUAUAUCUACAUAAAAUUGGAUAUGUUUAUCAAUGUUCGGUCUAAAAGACCAUAGCGCGCGCACUUACAUCUUUUUUCUUCUUUUAUUGGCUCUCGCAGUCAGGUCGCGAUCUGGCCAUAAACUAAUUCAAAAAUGCAGAUAACAAAUCAAAAAAAGAAAACAAUCACGAAAAAGCUCGACAGCUUGACAAAAAUUAGGGAUGACGCAACACCCAAAUCGAGAUGGAACAUGUCCAUUCCAGUACACAAUAGGUAAACUCACUUACGUUAGUGUAAUUAGUGUUUGUAAUUUCAUUUUCUUAUUAAUUAUUAUAGUAAUUAUGAUCAUAUAUGUAUUCUAGUUACAACACAUAUAUGUGCGGAAAUAUAUUUUGGUCAAAAUGAUCAAGACACACCUACUAACGUUAGUUUCGAGACGCGGCUACUCCCAGGUUAAUCAAUUAAUCGUUAUAAAUCUUUAGUCUUUAUGAAAGUACUGAAAAUGAGACAAGAUAUGGCGUUCAUUCUUUUUUUUCGCGUGACCCAUGGACCAAUCUCAGUAUUUGAGGAUUAAUUACGGAUUAAUUUCGUAUCGCGUCUUGAUUGUUUAUCUUUUCUACACAGCUUUAUUCCAUUUUAAGAUCCUCCUAUGAGAGACACGAAGUAAUGCUUCUUUGGUUUUUAAAAUUAUUAUUAAAAUAGUAAAUAUUUUAAUAUAUAUAAUUGAGACAUUAUUAAGUGUAAAUCAUGAAAUUCUCUACCAAAUUUCACCAGGAUAGAUAAAUGAAAUUGGCAAUUAACGUUAAAAUUAUAUAAAGUAUUGA